AUGAAGCCCCAAAGGCCAGUUUUUUCCCUCGAAACUGUGAGCUUGGAUAUGUAUAAGCUCGAAGCCUAUUCGGAUUCAACCCUGUUUCUUUCAUCAGCAAUCACAUUGACCCUGAAUGCUCAAAAUCCUAACAAGGUUGGCAUCUGGUAUAGCCCUUCGCAUCUUAAAGUUUUGGAUGAUGGACUGCCUAUAGGAACAAUUCGGAUUCCCGGGUUUCUUCAGCCUGCUCACAGCAGCAACGUGAGUGUCGAAAUAAGGGCUCUGUUUCCAUGUUUGAAUGUCAGCCAGAUUGUGGCAGAGGCUUCAUUGCAAGACGAUUCAAGGAAAAACAUGUUUCAAAUGAAAAUUGUAGGCGAUGUUGGAGCUCACCUCUGGGUGUUUCAUAUAAUUUUGUUGAAGAUUAAGGUUGCACUGGAGUGUAACAUAAGUGUUGAUUAUAAAGAGCUUACAAUGAAAAAUGAAGUUUACACCGCUGGAGUUAAACAUCACACUGCAUCUUUUCCUACCAACCCCGACACCAUCUUCAUCAAUUGCGCAUUGGCUUUUUACAUAUGA